CACCGUACCCAAGCGAUGAUCCCACAUGAUACGACUGAGUAACAACAACAAGAAUGGGACACUAUUCUCUAUCCACUUUAUUGUCCCCUGGAAUUCCAUUCUAUCCCCACUUGUCCUCCCAUUAUUAUUGCCAGUAUUCUGAGUGCCUGUCGGUAAACUGUCAUUCCCUGCUGUGUCGAAAUCUGAUUGACUGUUGCUGCUCAUCUCUGUGCUAUGAUGGCGUGACAGUACACGAGGAUUCCCCCUGUCUUCCUCGCCUUCUCCUAUAUCCACAUACACAGUAUCAGAUCUAGUUUCAUGUCGGUUUUCAUUGCCACUAUAACUGGGGGGCCCAAAGCCGAGCCCUAACUCGCGUAUCACAGAAGUUAACGGUUCUAAAUGUGAGGAAAGGUUAAUCUGGCCAUCUCCUCUUGUGUACGACCAGCUAGCUGACCGGGAGUGACUUGAACGCGGACUAAACUGACCAGGAAAGCUUCUUGAACCAGACGAACUCGCAGCCAUUUUGACGACAAAUAUUUAGUAAACGGGUUUUUGAACCCCACGGCAGCUUGUAUGUACGAGAUAUAUCCCCGGAAAAGUGUACUAUACGUUCAUGAGUUUGUCAUGUACAUCAAUUUUAGCGAAAGUUUGAAGUAUAAAGUAUAUAUAACAAAUUUAUAUCUUUUUAUUUCUACUUUAUAUCCAAGGAUUGUAUUCAAAAUAUGUUUCUUUGGUUAUUGAUUUAUACAGUACAUAGAUUUAUAUAAGUAUCCAUGUUUUUUCUUUUUGCAGUAUAUUAUAUAGAUCAGUGGCAAUACACCCCCCCCCCCCCCCUGAUAUUCGCUUGCAGAUCUUACAGACGAAGAAAUUCGUGAAUUUGUUUUGUUCGUUUGAUGGAUAAAUCUUCGUCAAAAAAGCGAAAGAAAACCUCCAAGAGACGCCAUUCGUGUUCUUCAAGCAGCGAGGAUGAUAGCGAGAAGGCGAAACGUCGUUUAAAAGAAAAUAAGCAAGAUCAUUUAACACGAAGGAGCGGGGAAAAUGUCACACAUGAGACUUCCCAACGCGACAGGGGGGAGUGUUCUGACAGCAAGAUUAAAAAAAGUGGAAAAAGAGAAAAAUUAAAAUCAAGGAAAAGAAAACAUAGUGAGUCAAGCAGUCCGUCUACGUCAGAGAGUGAACGAAAGAGGGGUAAAAAACACAAGAAGAAGGAAAGAAAGCAAAGAAAGAAAGAAAAACGGAAAAAGAGGGAAAGGAAAAGGAAGGGAAAAGCAGAUGGUUUGGAAACAGCUGUUGAAAAUAAAGGUAGGAAGGCAUGAAUAUUAAUGUUGCCUCAUUCCUACUCAAAACUAUAAGACCCGGUUUAAAAAUUAGAUUUAAUUUGAUUAUUAGAUUUGGUGCCUGGACCUGUGCCAGCACAAUCAGCAAUGUCACAAAAUCAAGUACCUGCUAGAACAAGGUUUGUUGCUUGGCUGGUUUACCAAUACCUUUUAUGGUUGCAUAUAACCAAGUUCGAGGUCACCAUUAAUGUUUUUUUUAUAAAUCAUUUUCAGACAGGCGAUGGUUCCAAUGACGAAAGAAGAAUAUGAAAAACAGCAGAGCAAAGUGAGGAGAGUUUUUGAUCCAGAGACAGGAAGAAACAGGUAGUUGGAAUUUUGCCAGUCAAAGGAAAGUGCUGGACAUUGAUGGGCUAACCAGAUAAUCUGGCCAUGUCUCUUGGUAAAUGAUUAACCCAUUGAGUGGCAACACUCUCCCCCUGACGAGUAAAAUAGUCUGGCGUUAGACAGAGUAAACUAAUAAAGUAUGGCGCAUCUGGGUGCAUUGCCACAGGAUUGCCUACUUUGUUAUUCCAUUCUGUCUUAUGCCGGGCAAUUUUAACCCUUUAAUUAAGUGGCAUUGCAGCCUGAUGCAUCUUUGCUCUGUCUAAUGCCAGGUGAUUUUACUCAUCAAAGCAGCAGCCACUGAAUGGGUUAAUAUUUUGAUCAUAGGCUUGUGAAAGGGGAUGGUGAGAUAAUUGAAGAAGUGGUCAGCCAACAAAGACACAAAGAAAUUAACAAGGUAAAAUAUUAAAGGCCUGUUGUUUUUGCUGCAAUUUUCUCCUUCUCCCUAUCAAUGUGAAGCUUUCUUAUUAUUGCCACUACCUACACUGGCAAAGACCAUUAUAAAGUAUCAAUGUUAAAAUAAUAUAUUAAUUAUAUACAGUUUCUAGAACAAAUCACUAUUUACUAUUUGUACAUUGUUAUUGAUAUUUAUAACCAAUGUCCAGAGUCAGAUCUUUUUAUGUUACUUUGAAACAUUGUAAAGCUACAUUACACAAGGCAAUUUUUACGGCAACCAGAUACAAUACUAACCUUGUAGCUAGCCUGUGUGCAGGCCCACUGAGGGAAGAAUACCUCGGUGGGCCUGCACACAGGCUACUAACUUUGUUAAUACGUGUUUACUGCAAACCGAGUCCUGUUUAUACAGUUUAAAAUUUUUUUAUUUUAUUAUUAUUUUCUAGCUUGCAACAUUGGGUGACGGUGCUUCAUUUCAAAAAUCUCUUGGAUUGCAAAAAUAACGCAAAUCUUGUACAAUACAAAUGGCGCCUAUAUUUACUGACAAGCAAAGUCGUGUGGUCUGAAUAAGAUAUUCUAUUGUGGUAACUACACAUUGUAGUUGAUGAGACUGUCUUUCUCUUUGGCUGAUCCAAUAGAUGAUUUGCAAAGAUUAUUAGUCUCUCAGUCCAUUACAGUCUUGUUACUGUCACAGACUCCACUUGGAUUUUCACUCAAAGUGUGUGAUGACUUGGUAAGCUUUUCUUUCAGGAAGAAGCUGAAUUAGGACGGUUCUGUUUCAGGUUUCUUCGUGCCAAAGCAAUGUUUAUGCUUACUAUUGCGGUAGUGGUUCUCAUGGAUGACACUCUAAAGAGUAAUCAAAGUUAAUAACAGUGGUCUAUUGAUCUCUUCAUUGAGACUUAGAGAGAUUGGCACCCUUGAUGUACUGGGGCCAGCUAGCAUUGCAAUGAACCUAAACUAGAAGUCCACUGCUGGAAAAAUAACUAGAUUUGAUCAUGGUGCAGCUUUGCUCACACUACAUACUUUAUUGAUCCUAGAAAAUGAAUAUCAUCCCACACAACAUUUCCAUCAAAUACUUAUACAGACAAACAAAAAUUGGGAAGAAUAUUUUGUGUACUUUACCUCAGAAGAUGUACGACAUUUUGCCAAGCAAAACUCAAAUUGAUCUCCAACCAUUUUCAAAAUUUUUCGACUGUUGUUGGCCAAGAUUGAGCGAAGGAGAGUUUGCUGCAAGAUAAACACAACAUUGAAAAGUUUCAAAGUGGUAAUCCAUAAAAGGCCAAGCUGUCUUGUAGACUAGACUAACUUCCCAAUGAAAAUCGUUUUCUUGAAACGUCGAAGUUCUCCUUGUAUUUUUCAGGUAGUUGUAUCCCUAUUAAUCUGCAGCUCUAUUAUUAGCACUACCCAUACUGGUGUCACAGAUCUCUAUCAUGAUCAUACCUUAUCUGGAUGUUGACAACAAGAUACACAAUGCUCAUACACAUUGCAACACUGGUUUGCGAGACAACUUUUGCAAACAUAUUGCUUGGAUGUUACACCUUUUGGAAAACAGCAACCAUUUGACAAUCUGUCUGACCAUUCACAUAUAUACCCUCUGUCAUCUGCAAUAAUUCUUGAGCCUUGCAUUGAAUUUCGACAUCUCUUGAGAGCUUUCUGAUCAAUCCAUUUAAAUGUGGGCGCCACUUGAUUUUCAUUCUCGAUUGAUUCUUCUGUCUAUUUAAAGAAAA